UGCACAAUGUUCAAGCACUUUAGCCUGGUGUUGCUUCUCACCUCUACUUGGACCACUAGGCUCCCAGUCCAAGGUACCAUCAGAGUGCAAGAACUUUCCAUCUCCACAUGUAGAUACAUGGGGGUUGCCCUCGUGGGUAAAAAGGCAAACCCACAGAUGAAUUUCACAGAAGCCGGGGAGGUCUGCAAGGUGCUGGGGCUGACUCUGGCCAGCAAGGACCAGGUGGAAGCUGCACAGAAGUCUGGCUUUGAGACUUGCAGCUAUGGGUGGGUCGGAGAAAGGAUCACCGUCAUCCCUCGGAUUUUCCCAAACCCCAAGUGUGGGAAGAAUGGGAUAGGUGUCCUGAUUUGGAAGGCUAUGCCCAGCACAAAGUUCAAAGCCUAUUGUCACAACUCAUCUGACACCUGGGCUAAUUCAUGCAUUCCAGAAAUCAUCACCACAUUCGACCCCACGUUCGACACUCAGACUCCUGAAAUGGAGUUCUCUGUCAGCAACAGCGCCUACUCGGCUUCAUCCCCAGACUUUACAACUCAUGCUCCUACUACAACCCGGGCGCCACCAUCCACCUCCAUGGCAUGGAAGACAAAAAAGAUAUGUUUUACAGAAGUUUAUACAGAACCUAACACUGUAGCUGCAGAAACAGAACCACCUGUUGAAAGUGGAGCAGCAUUCAAGAAUGAAGCACCUGGGUUUGGAGGUGUCCCCACGACCCUGCUGGUGCUCGCCCUACUAUUCUUCGCAGCUGCCGCUGUUCUGGCUGUUUGCUAUGUGAAAAGGUAUGUGAAGGCCUUCCCUUUCACAAACAAGAAUCAAAAGAAGGAAAUGAUUGAAACCAAGGUAGUAAAGGAAGAGAAAGCUGAUGACAUCAACUCUAAUGAAGAAUCAAAGAAAACUGAUAAAAAUCUAGAGGAGCUCAAGAGUCCACCCAAAACCACUGUACGAUGCUUAGAAGCUGAAGUUUAG